AUCUCCACCACACCUCUCUCCAAGAAAAUUUAGGCUAGUAGAAAGAACUUCGAAACCAUGACCGAUUCUUUAAGAAUUUGGUUGAGCUCUCUCCAGAAAAACUGCAAGUCUUUUCUUCAAGAACUGAAGCACCCAAGCAAGGCAUUCGCAGGGCACAGGAGAUCAAGACAUCCCAAGAUACCACCGUCACCAUCACCUUCAAAGUUCAACACAUCAACCCCAUCUUCAUUCCCAGAAAGCGAGGUCUCCACCCAACUGAGACAAGUGUUCGACCUCAUCGACGCCAAUGGCGAUGGCAAGAUCUCACCAUCGGAGCUCGGCCGAGUCCUAUCGCGCCUCGGGCACGUUGGGGCAGUGGGGGCGGCAGACGAGGAGGCGCGGGGGAUGGUCGAGGAAAUGGACCGCGACGGUGAUGGGCACGUCGACUUGGACGAGUUCUUGGUCGCGGUGCUGAGCGGCGAUGACGACUUGAUGGAUGCUUUCUUGAUCUUUGACGCCGACAAGGACGGUUUGAUAUCGGCCAAGGAGUUGCAGAGGGUUUUGGUAGGUCUGGGACGUGAAGAGGAUUGUAGCAUUGAGGACUGUAGACGCAUGAUUGGAGGGGUGGAUAGGGACGGCGAUGGUUUUGUGAAUUUUGAAGAGUUUAGGUCGAUGAUGAGAGGGUGUAUUUCUUGA